AUGAGGCCGCGGGGCCCGCGAUGCCUCCCGCUGCUGGCGCUGGCCAUCGCCCUGGCCGAGGCGGCGACCUUUUUACCCCAGCAGUAUGCCUCUCAGUUCCUGCUGAGGAAACGCCGAGCAAACUCUUUCAUGGAAGAAAGUAAGAAGGGAAAUCUAGAAAGAGAAUGCAUUGAAGAAUUAUGCAAUAGGGAAGAAGCCAGGGAAAUAUUUGAAAAUAAUCCUGAAACUGAAUAUUUUUAUCCCAAAUAUUUAAGCUGCCUGGCCUCCCAUCGAGCAGGGGUGUUCAGGGUGGCUGCAGUCACUCCAGACUCUCCAGCUGACCUGAGGGCUUGUGUCAAGGAAAUUUCAAACCAGUGCAGCCCCCUGCCCUGCCAUAAAGAUGGCUAUAAGGAUUGCAUAGAUGGACAAGCCAAGUAUACCUGUGUGUGUAAAGCAGGAUGGAGAGGAGAGAACUGUGAGGAAGAUAUAAAUGAAUGUGAAGAUUUCAACGGAGGUUGCAGCCAACGGUGUUCCAAUUUCCCUGGGAGCUUCCGUUGCCUGUGUGAAGAUGGCUACUUCAUGCAUUCCAACAAAAGGGAUUGUGGAGAUAUAAAUGAAUGUGUGCUACAUCCAAACAUCUGUGGGACAGCCAUCUGUAAAAACACCCAGGGGAGAUAUGAGUGUGAAUGUCCAGAAGGCUACAUAUAUAAUUCAACUUCCAAGAACUGUGAAGAUAUUGAUGAAUGUGCUGAAAAUAUUUGUGCUCAACUCUGUGUGAAUUCACCAGGAAGUUAUAGCUGCUAUUGUGAUGGCAAGAAAGGGUUCAAGCUCUCCAAGGACAUGAAGAAUUGUGAGUCUGUUACUGAGUGUAUCCCGCUGAAUCUUGAAAAGAAUUAUCAACUGCUUUACCUGGCAGAGCAAUUUAUAGGAAUUCCUGUUCUUUACUUGAAGUUCAAACUGCCAAACGUCACAAGAUUUACAGCAGAGUUUGAUUUCCGGACAUACGAUGCAGAGGGGGUUAUCCUGUAUGCAGAAUCCCUGGACAACUCAGCAUGGAUCUUGCUUGCUCUUCGGGAUGGAAAGAUUGAGAUUCAAUUCAAGAAUGAGUUUGGAACAAAAGUCACCAGUGGAGGCAAAGCCAUUAAUGAUGGACUGUGGCAUAUAAUAUCAGUUGAAGAAUUAGAACACAGCAUCAGUGUGAAAAUAGCUAAAGAGGCUGUGAUGAGUAUUAACAGCCCAGGAACUCUGUUUAAACAAUCCCAGGGUUUCUUGGAAACCAAGGUGCACAUUGCAGGAUUACCUCGCAGAGUGGGUGGUGCUCUCGUUAAACAGAUUAACCCUCGGCUGGAUGGUUGUAUCCGGGCCUGGAACCUGAUGAACCAGGGACAUUCAGGAGUAAAUGAAGUUAUUCAAGAAAAACAAAGCAAACAUUGCUUAGUAGCAGUGGGGAGAGGAUCCUUCUACCCUGGCACUGGAAUGGCAGCAUUCCAGAUAAACUAUAAUAAUCUUGACAGUGAAGAUUGGCUAAUAAAUGUGACUCUGACUAUUCGCCCAUCCGCAGACACUGGUGUUAUGUUUGCCUUGGUUUCUAAUGAAACAGUGCCUCUUGCAUUGUCCAUAGUGGACUCUAACUCCUCUGACUCACAGAAAAUCACUGUGACCAUUGGGAGCAUCAUUGUUGCACAGCUGGAAUCAAAGAAGUUAUGUACCCCCAGAAGAGUGCAGGUUGGACUUCUAGUGACCAAACAGGAACUUGAACUGGCUGUUGAUUCACGCACAGACAGAAGCAAUUCUGAGCAACUCUCCACUCUGCAUCAAGCAAUGAUGGGAAAUGUUGUCACCUACCUGGGUGGCCUGCCAGAUGUUCCUCUGGGUGCUACACCAGUGACUGCUUUUUAUAAUGGCUGCAUGGAGGUGAAGGUCAACAGCAGACAGCUGGAUCUGGAUGAAGCCAUUUCCAAACACAACGACAUCAGAUCUCACUCAUGCCCACUGAUCAUGCAGUAACUGUUCAGAUCUUAAUUUGACUUCUGUUCUCUCAGAUAUAAUUUGUGUAAUUAGUCUCAUGCCGUAAUGGAGCUUGCAUUAUUUCAUGCAAGAUGUGCCAGGGAAAUAGGCAGCAGCAUGGUUUUCUCCCUUUCAAUACAGAAUGGAGGGAAAAAAACCCUCUCUGUUCAGCUGGAAAGAGACAAUCAAGAUCAAAAUUUUGUGAAACACUAUUUUGU